AUGUCUGUUUCCACUACGGGAACCGGCUUCAAUUAUCCUUUGAGUGACUUCGAAGAGGCCGCAAUAAUUGAUACCGUUCAGUUCACCGGAGCAAUUCUUCUAAAGGAAUCCAAAUUGUCGAGUCUUGGUGAUGUACCGACGAAGAUUUUGAAGGUGAUUGCCAGUGAGCUAGCAAAACCACUCUCUAUUCCUUUCGAGGCACCCUUUGAGGCCGAAUAUCUGUCAGUAAAUUUGAAAUCUACGUGGAUUACACGGCUUUAUAAGAACUGA